UACACCAGAAUAGAAAAGCACGGAAACCUCUGGACAUUCGUGUGGUAUUUCGCGACGUAGGAAAACGAAAGCCGGCGAAGCAGCACAAAUUUAGCUAGAUUUCCAAUAUUUAUUGUUGUAACCCAGGUGGACAACCAUGGCAUCGGGAGGGGAAUCAAAAAAUGAUGACCUAGCUACUGCAAUUCUCAAACAGAAGAACAGGCCCAACAGAUUGAUUGUGGAUGAGUCUAUUAAUGAAGACAACAGUGUUGUGUCUCUCUCUCAGACCAAGAUGGAUGAACUGCAGCUCUUCCGUGGUGACACAGUACUGAUGAAGGGCAAAAAGAGACGCGAGACUGUGUGCAUUGUGUUGUCUGAUGAUACAUGCUCUGAUGAAAAAGUUCGAAUGAACAGGGUGGUCCGCAACAACCUGAGGGUCCGACUGGGUGAUGUCAUCAGCAUUCAGCCAUGUCCUGAUGUAAAGUAUGGAAAGAGGAUCCAUGUUCUUCCAAUAGAUGACACAGUAGAGGGAAUCACUGGCAACCUGUUUGAGGUUUAUCUCAAGCCAUAUUUUCUUGAGGCUUACAGGCCCAUUCGCAAAGGUGAUAUUUUCCUCGUCCGAGGAGGGAUGCGCGCCGUGGAAUUCAAAGUGGUUGAAACUGAUCCUUUGCCCUACUGCAUCGUUGCUCCUGACACUGUCAUUCAUUGUGAAGGCGAGCCAAUCAGGAGAGAGGAUGAAGAGGAGUCUUUGAAUGAGGUUGGCUAUGAUGACAUUGGUGGAGUGAGGAAGCAGCUGGCUCAGAUCAAAGAAAUGGUGGAACUUCCACUUCGGCACCCUGCACUGUUUAAGGCCAUUGGUGUCAAGCCCCCACGUGGAAUCCUUCUCUAUGGACCCCCUGGAACUGGAAAGACCUUGAUUGCCAGGGCUGUGGCCAAUGAAACUGGAGCCUUCUUCUUCCUGAUCAAUGGCCCUGAGAUUAUGAGCAAGCUGGCCGGAGAGAGCGAGAGUAACCUCAGGAAGGCCUUUGAGGAAGCAGAGAAAAAUGCUCCUGCCAUCAUCUUCAUUGAUGAGCUUGAUGCUAUUGCUCCUAAGAGAGAGAAGACCCAUGGAGAGGUGGAGAGGCGCAUUGUCUCACAGCUGCUGACUCUGAUGGAUGGCCUCAAACAGAGAGCUCAUGUCAUCGUCAUGGCCGCCACAAACAGACCGAACAGCAUCGACCCGGCUCUGAGGAGAUUUGGUCGUUUUGAUCGGGAAGUGGACAUUGGCAUUCCAGAUGCCACUGGCAGGCUAGAGAUUCUCCAGAUUCACACCAAAAACAUGAAGCUUGCUGAUGAUGUGGACUUGGAACAGGUAGCCAAUGAGACCCAUGGUCACGUGGGCGCAGAUCUGGCUGCCCUGUGCUCUGAGGCGGCACUGCAAGCCAUCAGAAAGAAGAUGGACCUGAUUGAUCUGGAGGAUGAGACCAUCGAUGCUGAAGUCAUGAAUUCUCUCGCCGUCACCAUGGAUGACUUCAAGUGGGCUCUGAGCCAGAGCAACCCAUCAGCUCUCAGAGAGACAGUUGUCGAGGUUCCUAACAUUACUUGGGAGGAUAUUGGUGGACUGGAAGAUGUCAAGAGAGAGCUGCAAGAGUUGGUACAGUACCCAGUGGAGCACCCGGACAAGUUCCUCAAGUUUGGCAUGACCCCAUCCAAGGGCGUGCUUUUCUAUGGGCCUCCCGGUUGUGGUAAAACUCUGCUGGCCAAAGCCAUCGCCAACGAGUGCCAGGCAAAUUUCAUCUCUAUCAAAGGACCAGAGUUGCUCACCAUGUGGUUUGGAGAGUCUGAGGCAAACGUCAGAGAGAUUUUUGACAAGGCUCGUCAAGCGGCCCCUUGCGUUCUUUUCUUUGACGAGCUGGACUCCAUAGCAAAGGCUCGCGGCGGCAACGUCGGAGAUGGCGGCGGAGCGGCCGACCGCGUCAUCAACCAGAUCCUGACCGAGAUGGAUGGCAUGUCCAGCAAGAAGAACGUCUUCAUCAUCGGCGCCACAAACAGACCCGACAUCAUUGACCCCGCCAUCCUGAGACCUGGACGUCUGGACCAACUCAUCUACAUCCCCCUGCCUGACGAGAAGAGCCGAAUGAGCAUCCUGAAGGCCAACCUCCGCAAGAGUCCCAUCAGCGAGGAUGUCAACCUGGACUACCUGGCGAAGAUGACCAAUGGCUUCUCUGGAGCUGACCUCACAGAGAUCUGCCAGCGGGCGUGUAAACUGGCCAUCAGGGAGAGCAUCGAAAACGAGAUCCGCAGAGAGAGGGAGAGGCAGACCAAUCCUUUAGCCAUGGAGGUGGAAGAAGAUGACCCCGUGCCAGAGAUCAGGAAGGACCAUUUCGAGGAGGCCAUGCGAUUCGCCCGCCGCUCCGUCAGCGACAAUGACAUCCGCAAAUAUGAGAUGUUUGCACAGACGCUGCAGCAGAGUCGUGGCUUCGGCAGCUUUAGGUUCCCCAACAGCACCACAGGCGGCAGCGGUCCAAGCCACGGCACAGGAGGAAGUGGCACAGGUCCCGUUUUCAAUGAAAAUAAUGACGAUGACCUUUAUGGAUAAAAUGUACACACUGCCCCAUAGUGGUCAGCACAGGGAUGACACCUGUACAAAUUCUCACCAGAUUCCACCUUUUUAGGACUUUGUGCUUCUCUUUUUUUUUUUUGUGUUACUACGUUUUUGUUUUUUGUAUGAGUUCCCUUGGAGACAGCAUGCUGCCACUUGGCUUGCCCUGGCUUUGUUGUGGGCGGGGAAGGGGAUGUUUGCAAAUGGAAGGUGAGUACCUUAAUGGAGCUUUUCCAGUGGGGAAGGGGGGCAGGGGGAUUAUUGAGUGGCCUCAUUUUCAGUAUACUAUGAUACAGUUAGUGGCGGGAUUCUAUGCUAGACCUUGAGACAUGGCGGAAAAAUAAAUUGCAAAAUUUACUUUGUUGUUUUUUAAAAUAAAACAGUAGCAUAUAAUGUUAUUAAAUUUGUCAAGGUUAUGUUGUUGAAAAUAAAAUCUCACAAGUGUUCAACA